AUGCAGAGCACAAGAGACUCCAGCCGAAAGCGCAACAUCAAAAGACGUAACUCAAGAAAGAAAUCCCUGUCUCCAUCAGAUUUAAAAUGCGUAGAGAAAACAGAAAAACUGGGAAGGCGAUCCCUAUCAGAAGUCUCAAUAAAAGUGAAACACAGGAAGAGUAACAUACAAAGAACACUGACACAUCCGAUAUCGUGUUUCGACAAAGUGCCAAUCGAUGUUAGUGCCAUGAAAGUAGAACCCGUCCCGCCGGAAAGUGACGAAUCCCACGUACCUCCGACGAGUAGUGAUAGAGAUACAGAGGAUGAUGCGCGCGCGCUGCCCAAGCUGUCUCCACCCAGACGGCGAUGGGAUUCGGGGAGCGAAAUGGAUUCACUUGUUUCCAUUGCAGUGAGAAAGGCAUCGGCACGACGACGCCGAACGUCCGCUAACCCAGAUUGGGGCGUCAAUAGUGAGCCGGGCGAAGUGAGUGAACCUGAGGUCGGUCGUAUGCGUCCCGAGGACUACCGCCUUGUGUUCCUCAGCUCGGAUUCGUCGUGCCGUGAGGACACGGAAGACUCUGCCUCCACUGCGUCCUCCGCCGCGCCCCCCGUGGCCGACGACUGCGACUGGGACUACUUCGAGCCCGGCGCGGCGGCGGCGCAGCCUCCACCGUUACAACCACCUCCCAAACAUACUCCACAAGACUGCCAACGCGCCUGCUCUUGUGGCGCUGAACCACGUUUCGUCGCCGUCCCAGUCCCCGUACCUGUGCCAGUCCCGGCUGCCCUUUGGCCCGCCUUACUCGCAUUUUCGCCACAAACUCCGCCGACUCCCCAUUGGAGCACUUACCCUGGUUUCCCACCCCUCGAUGCCGCCGCUCUCGCUCGAAUCACAACGGCCGCCGCCGUUGCUGUCACCGCAGCCGCCACCGCUAACGCUUUACCUCGAAAUCGGCUUGAGAUGACCGUCGAAAGGACUGAUAAAGCAAUACAGUCCGAAUCGCAAACGGUCGAACUCGGCGAUAGCGAUAAGAGCGAUAACACUAUCGACGCAGUUCAACAUGAAACGUCAGACGGUAUAAAAGUGAUCGCAGAGGACGACUGUCUUUCCGUUUUGUCAGAAGGUACAGAAGCUAUGCCUGAUCAUCUGGACGCUGAAAAAGCUUUUCCUUCAUCUAAUGAGUCGGCUCAAUCUAGUGAUUCUGAGAAGGGCGUUGCGCGUAGGAGCUAUGACCUAAGAAGCGCCGCCCCGGAGGAGCCCCCUACGUCGGACGAGGACUCCGAUGACUCCGGCGGCGGGGGCGGCCAGUUUUCAAGAGUGUUUGUUGUUAAUCCCACUUCUUCAUCUUCAGAAAACGAUGAAAACGCUGACAGUAGUGGAAUUGAUUGUGACGACUCUUAUGACAAAAAAUCUGACAGCUUAGAAGUGGUAGCUAUUGAGCUUGCGUUACAAAACGAUAUUAACCUGCACGAUUAUCAGGAGGAUUCUUGUUCUAAUAAUAAUGUUGUUGUACUUCAAUCUCUUAAUUUUACUGAAGAAUAUUCCGUUUAUCCGAUUCAGAACAGUAGAAUUUUGGACAAUGGAAACCAACAAGUUUCAAUGUUUUGUGAUUCAAAUAUGCUCUCGAGUGAAACCAAUGAAAAAUAUAACAGUUUUACUGAAGCAAGUAGUGAUAAGGAUCUAAGCAGUUUCGAUUCUUUAAAUCAAAAUUCACAAAGUGGAAAUUCCUCAGAUGUUAUUGAGUGCGAUUCUUUAGAUAAUUCAUUUAAUUUCGAUUGCAAUAUUAAAAUUUCGGAAUACUUAAAUACGGAAUCCUGUAAUAAUAACGCGGAAUUACAAUUAAGCCCCACGACAAUACCGAGUGCUAUAAUACCAGAACCGGUUCCUUCGCCCGAACCUGCCUUCGAAAACUCAAAUAUAUCAUCAUUGCCGCCCGUACAAAAAAUUGAUUUGUUUAAAGGUAUUGAACGUACGCUUAGUGAAUUAUUGAAGAAAGAAUUAAUGGAGGACCGCGGUGAGGAGAAAACGCACAUUUCGCGGCCGGUUUGCGUUGAGACGGAGAGGGGCGCGGGCGCACCUGUGGAGAAUACAGUUUGCCGCUCGCGCACGGCCGGUGUGGACGGGUCCGCGCGUUUCACUAGCCGCGUUAUGAUAACGCACGAUCGUGUCUCCGUAGUCACGUCAGACACGACGCGGCUAAUGCAAGAUAUCACAGUGCACCACACAAACUUAGACAACGAACCAGACCCUAACGCAAGUGCACAACAAAACGAAACUAACGAACGAUUAUCCGACGACGAAUUGGCGCAACCUUCAGCUGGAGUGACUGUUGUUAGUAACGCCGACACUCUCUCUGCAGUUGUGUGCCUCGAGGACGGACUCGCCGAUGAUGAUUCUUGGGUCGACGACGUCAGCCAUGACGAUGAGGAAGCCACCUCUCAGUCAGAUUCCGAUUCAGGGGACGAAGCGAACUUACCUACCCGGGCAGAUGAUUUCGCAUAUUGUAGGCGUUCCAUAGACUUCACAUUACAUACAAUAGUAGAAGAAAGUUGUGAAGAAAGCGAGACUGAGCCCACAACAAAAAAGCAACGUCCUUUAUCAACAACAGAGCUCGAAAAGUAUUUUUUCUUUGGAUUAGGUGACGGAAAAAAUAUUCGGGAUGACGAUGACCAAGUAUCGGACACCUCUAGUGUGUGUAGUGAGGACGGUGAAUCGAUAGUUGAUAGUGAACAACCCAGACAAAGUGGCGAUAGUGAUGAGCUUGUGACCUCUAGGUUAGAAAAAUAUUUUUUGUCCGGUUUUAUGGGUUUCAGCCAGGAACGAAGGGAUUCAGAUGGCUCAGGAAGUGUGGGAAGUGACAGUGAAGGGAAACAGAGCCCGGAGCAACGACGAAAACGCCUAGUUCGUGCUCGAGGUACACCGCGGUCACAUUCGUCAUCUCUAGACAAUUUACUCGCCGGUGAGGAACCAUCACAAGAAAACCAAGAAAUUUCAGAUGGCUCAAGCACAGAAUCCGAUAACUGCAAUGAGUCACUGGAGCGAUUGGAUUUGUCAAGUGAAACGAAACGGAAAAAACAAAAUAAAAAGCUGCGAAGUUCGCCCGCUGACGAGCGGCGUCAGUCUAUGGAAUUUCCUGAAGAAACCCGUGAUGAUACGAGGUCAGUAUCAGAAGGAGAGGAUGGCCGUUCAAGCCCUCGACCUGAGUUCCCACCUCUUGGAUCAGAACUUUCUGAAUCAAAAAAACAAACUAGUCGUGAUAGCGGUUUUGUUGGCAGCUGCGACGAUUUAUUAAGAAAUGGCGAUUCAAGUUCUGACUUUACAAAAUCUCACGAACCUAAAACGGAAUUAGAAGAAAUAAUAGAAGAGGUACGACCCGAUACAGACGAACGCAUAGAAAGAACACCCUCGUCACGCCCUCCACCGAGUCCACUUUCAAGGAAAGAUAGUUUUAACAACUGGUCUUCAGAUGAAGAAACAAAUUUGAUGAUGACUAAAAUGAGACAGUUUUUCAAACAAAUGAUUAACUCUACAAACGUACGAACAUCUACGCCGGCCUCUUCGAACUCUGAAAGUCCUAAACCACCGAAACCACCGCAGUUACUUUAUUUUGAAACUGAACUAACGAGAUUAAUGAAAACAGUUCCUGGAAUCAGAGAUGAAGAGGUGCGAGAAAUAGUGGAGUAUUUAUCAAGCGAGGAUACGUGGAGUGACUCCUACGAUUCAUCAGAUUAUGCCGGGUCUGACUUGGAGGUCUCAGCAAAUCGAUCUGCCUUGAGAAAACAGAUAUCAGAUAGUUGUCGCGAAAUUAUUGACGAAUUUGAUAAAGGCAACAGUGAACAGGGUUCUCUUGAACGUGACGCCGUCGGUGCAUACCAGAGACUGGCUGCAACUCUUGGUCGUGUGGGUGACGGUUCCCCACCUUUAUUUGGUAAAGUGAUGCGGCAUAUAGGCGGGAGGCUAGUGGCAUUGAUGCACGAGGUGUCGGCAGGCGCAUCGCCAACCACAGAUGACGAUAGUGCGUCUGAACCGGGAGCGCUGGCACGAAGUCGAUCUCAUGAUAUUCUAGAACAGACUGCGAGUAGGGGUAGUGUCGCGAGUGAUAGUGAAAGAUUUUCGUGGCGUGGUAGCUUUGAAUCAGCUUUAUUGGCGGCUGACUCAAGAGGCACAUUAGGGGGAGGUGGUUGUGAGACGAGGCGGUCCCCAGCCGGGGCUGAUUUAGCCGCUCUCAAGACACACUCGAGGAGCUGUGGAGCGAUAAGUGGUAGCGAAGAUCGCUUAUGGCGAGGACGGCGAAGGGCCUCCGCUCCAGAUGCUGAGUCUGAAGAGGAGCAAAGGGCAGGGUCACUACCACGGCUACCAUCUAUAAACGGGGCUACCCCAGUCCCUGUGGGUCCUGUGAAGUCCGCCAGGUAUCGUGCCCCAGGCUUCAGAACAGCCACCAGAGCAGCAUCAGCUCCUGGUCUUCAUGCACCUCGGAGAAGACGACCGCUACCCACACCUCAACAGCCACCUCCAGCUGCUCCAGCGUCCGCACCAAGUCUACAAGGAAGCUGGGCUAAACCCACUGUAAGCACCAGCAUCCAAUAA